AUGGCUCUGCAAAAACAUUUGGUCUUGUUCUAUGUUGUUGUCUCUUUCUGUGCUGCUUCAUGUUACAGUAGUGGUUUCCAAGAGGUCAACUCACUUCAUAGUUCUGUUGACCAUGAAAAAGAGUCUGGCUAUAAUUCUAGAGCUCAUCCUUCAUACAUGAACACCAUUGAAGGUGUCAAGUUCAGGGAAGUCAUCGAGCCAAGAGCUCAGCUCUUCAGUUCGAGGAAGCUCGAAAGAGCGGCCGGUAGCAAGUCAUCAAGCUCGGUCAAAACGAUUAGCGUUGCUAAUUUUGGAGCUAAAGGAAAUGGUGCCGAUGACACGCGGGCAUUUGAGAAGGCGUGGAAGGCAGCUUGUUCUUUCAAUGGAGCCAUAGUUCUUGUGGUGCCACAAAAGACCUAUCUUGUUAGGCCGAUCGAAUUCUCAGGCCCCUGCAAAUCUCAUCUUACAAUGCAGAUAUAUGGAACCAUAGAAGCAUCAGAUGAUCGGUCAGUCUACAAAGAUAUCACGCAUUGGCUUAUCUUUGACAACGUCCAAAGCUUGUUAGUUGUAGGUCCUGGAACCAUCAAUGGCAAUGGAAAUAUAUGGUGGAAAAACUCAUGCAAAAGAAAGCCUCAGCCCCCCUGCAACGAACAGGCCCCCACGGCUGUGACCUUCAACAAGUGCAAUAACUUGGUGGUGAAGAAUCUGAAGAUCCAAGACGCACAACAAAUGCAUGUUAGAUUUCAAAAUUGUAUAAAUGUUGAAGCUUCCCAUCUUACAGUAACUGCACCAGAAGAUAGUCCUAAUACUGAUGGAAUUCAUAUCACAAAUACCAAGAACAUUACCAUCUCAAGCUCUGUUAUAGGAACAGGUGAUGAUUGCAUCUCUAUUGUAAGCGGGUCCCAAAGAGUGCAAGCUACGGACAUAACUUGUGGACCAGGCCAUGGAAUCAGCAUUGGUAGCUUGGGAGAAGACAAUGCAAAUGACCAUGUUUCAGGAGUAUUUGUGAAUGGGGCUAAGAUUUCUGGAACCUCCAAUGGAGUUAGGAUCAAGACAUGGCAGGGAGGUUCAGGUAGUGCAAGCAACAUUGUUUUCCAAAAUGUGGAAAUGAAUGAUGUGACUAACCCUAUCAUCAUAGACCAAAAUUAUUGUGACCACAAAAACAAGGAUUGCACACAACAGAGGUCGGCAGUUCAAGUGAAACAUGUGUUGUACCAGAACAUAAGAGGAACAAGUGCUUCAACUGAUGCCAUAACAUUUAAUUGCAGCCAAAGUGUUCCAUGUCAAGGCAUUGUGCUUCAAAACAUUCAACUGCAAAAUGGAAGAGCCAAAUGCAACAAUGUUAAACCUGCGUACAAAGGCGCUGUCUCUCCUCGAUGUUCUUGA